CCGAGUUGCACAAUGUGUUUUAGCCUUUUUCAACCCGACCGCUCCCCUUUCCUAAGUUUAAAAGAUUUUGCUUUGAGUUUUCAAGUCCAAUCGUGUGCCUGAAACCGCGUUUACAAGUGGAAGCUGAAUUCGAGCUCACACACAACAACAACACCCACAACAACAACAGCAACAGACCAAGACUCGGAAAAGUGGAGGAGAGUUUUACCUGCAGAUUAAAAGGCUGUGACUGACUGCAGCACCCAUUUCACUGCCAUCGUUUCCUCUCCUCACAGCUGCUGGACAUGGGGGACAUCGACAAAGGGAAGAAGGUGUUUGUCCAGAAAUGUUCCCAGUGUCACACAGUGACGGAGGGGGGACGCCACAAGGUGGGACCCAAUCUGUGGGGUCUGUUGGGAAGGAAGACGGGACAGGCACCUGGUUUCUCCUACACGCAGGCCAACAUGGAUAAAGGUAUCAUAUGGGAUGAAGAGACUCUGAAUGUCUACCUUCAAAAUCCUAAGAAGUACAUUCCUGGUACCAAGAUGCUGUUCAGUGGGAUCAGAAAGAAAAAGGAAAGAGUGGAUAUUAUCGCCUAUUUAAAGGACGCCACCUCCUAAUACACUGGAAACACAAAACACACACUGUACAGUUAGGAAAACAACUGUGUUUUUAGUUUUUAUUUUGAGCUUACAAUGAACACAAUUAAACACUUUUAUGUAUUUAGGUUACCACAUGGCUGCCAUACUGUUUUUGUGUGUGUGUGUCGGAGACUGUUUUUAAUUAUCUCAUGAGUCAAGUUGUGGGUUUUCCAGAUAUAUCUUAGUCAGGCCUUCUUAAAGAGGCAGCCCUCUAUUUGGAUUUUCUAAAAAUAGAGUUGUUUACCCAAUUAUAUCCCCACCGUUUGCACAGAAACUGUGUUAUUAUCUUUUGCACUUGUUUACUCUCAAUUUGUUGUUUAGUCUCAAAAUGUUUGUGUUAAAUGUGCUGGACGGUCUAUUUUUCCCCUCCUUCUUUCUUUAAGCCAGUCGAGGAAUCACUUUUAUUGUUUUAAAGUUUCAGUUUUAAAAUGAGUGUUUUGUAAUCCUAUUUUUUUUAAUAAAUGCAUGUCUUGUGACUUAAGAAUAAUAUGGCCAAACAAAUGUGUAGUUUACUGGAAAAGCAAUGGUUUUCUUUUGGUUAAAGUAUAGCACACGAACAAAUAUGUUGACUUAAGUCUAAUAACGGCCUGUUGAAUACAUGAUGUAUAUGAUGUUCUUCAUACUGAGUUACUGUUUUAUACUUUGAGUUAAACAGUAAAACAUUUUCCACAUG